ACAUAGGAGCCUGGCAACAUGUAGAUAAUUCUCGCACCCGACCCUACGAAUACAUGCAAGUUUGGGAUGGUAUCAGCGACUCUAGACUAAGCUUUGAUCUCGAUAAUAUCAAGUCGGAUGCCAUCGCGUGGAUUGUGGAAAACAAUCAUAUUCAACGUGCGAUUCUUGCCCGUCUUGAGGAAUGCUAUAAUGGGAAUGUGGACGUUUUCGACGGCACAAAGGUUGAAAAAAUUUUUUACGAAAGUGAAUCAGGAAAUGAAUUUGAUCUGUCAGAUUGGCCCACUGUUUUUCUAAGUAGUGGAAAGACUUUAAAGGCGCGUCUACUGGUCGGCGCUGAUGGAAUAAACUCAGCUGUACGCUCUUUUGCUGGUAUAGAUAUGCUUGGUUGGGAUUAUGACGCCAAUGCAGUUGUUGCCACGUUACAUGUUGACCCUCUAGUGGAGAAUAAGACAGCUUGGCAGCGAUUCCUUCCAACCGGACCUAUUGCCAUGUUACCGGCAAUGUGGUCUACUAUUCCUGCAUUGGCGUCAAAACUUCGUCUCCUUCCAGAAAGCGAUUUUGUUCAUCUUGUCAAUGCUGCUUUCCGACUGCGUUUGGCCGACCUACAGUAUUUUCAGUCACAGCUUUUAGAGGGAGGCGAUAUAAAUUUACAAGAUGAAAUUACAUGGCGGGAACAAGUUGAAACCAAGAAUAUCGCGGAUGAGAACAUGGAUAAAGAUAGAAUAUUACCCCCAAGGGUUUUUGGCGUGCAAGAAAAGAGUAGAGCUUCUUUUCCAUUGAAGAUGAGGAACGCUGAGAGAUAUGUUAAAGAGAGGAUUACCUUGAUUGGUGAUGCAGCACAUACCAUACACCCACUUGCUGGUCAAGGAUUAAAUCAAGGAAUUGCAGAUGUCCAAUGCCUGACGCAAACCAUUCAGGCUGGAGUUAACACAGGACAGAACAUUGGUGAUCUGGAAUUACUUGGCGAAUACUCGUCUGCUCGAUACUUGCCCAACCUUGCUAUGAUUGGGGCUGUAGAUAAAUUACAUAAAUUAUAUGCCACUGAAUUUGGUCCAAUAGUAUGGUCAAGAUCUAUUGGGUUAAACGCGAUCAACAGAAUGUCGCCGCUCAAGGCUGAAAUAAUGAAAUUCGCCAUGGGGAUCGGAACGGAUACUCACGGAUAA